AUGUCAGCCAAAUUUACUAGCGCCAUCUCUGGAGAGCAUCUUUCGAAACCUCCAGACGAUAGAGAGAGCCGUUCAAGACUGUUAAAUGUUAAGUUUCAUCAAACUUUACUAACGUUUUACAGUUUUACAACAUUUUAUUCAAGUAUUUUACCUGUUUUAUUCAUUAUUGUGAUGUCAUAAAUUCCCUGCCCAGUGGAAUGUCAUCCUCUUGCAAGUUGCAACUUUGUAUCUAAGUUGCAACUCAUCGAACUCAUCUAUAAUGAUUUACAAAAUUAUUACCUAUUACAACACACGGUCGCUGUUGUUUGUUGUAUCAUGGACAAUCUAAUCACGGUCAAAAUUAUCAUCUAAUAGGUACAAAAUGUUCAUUUAAUAGGUACCUAUUGGAGUGCUUGGAGGGCGGCGCUGAGUCCUGCUGAGUGACUCCGAGGACGGUCACCAUGCUGCCGCUGUUCACGCUGAAGCUGAACCACAAGCUGGUGCCGGGCCUGGUGACGCUCGGGGUGUUCGAUGGCACGUACCCGUGUCUGACGGCGGCCACCAGCGGCGACAAGCUGCUGGUGCAUAACCCCCACGAGCGGAGCGGGGAGCUGGGCGGCCGGCUGCAGGGCAGCAAGGUGGCCUCGGACGUCUCCAUCCUCAACAUCAACCAGCAGGUGACGUCGCUAUGCUGCGGCCGUCUGAAGAAGGCGACCGCCGACGCCGGUCCGAUGGGGGAUGUGCUCUGUGUGGGCACUCCGUCCAGCUUGCAGGUGUACGACGUGGCCAACAACGCCGACCUCUUCUACAAGGAGCUGCCGGACGGCGCCAACUCGCUGGUGGUCGGGAAGCUGGGGGACCGUCCCGACCCGCUGGUACUGGUCGGAGGCAACUGCGCCCUGCAGGGGUUCGACGCCGACGGUAGUGACCCGUACUGGAACGUCACGGGCGACAACAUCCGCUCGAUGGCGCUGAUCGACCUCAACCAGAACGGACAGAACCAGUUGCUGGUAGGCUCUGACGACUUCGACAUCCGUAUCUUCAACGACGACGACAUCUCUGCUGAGGUGACGGAGACGGAGGCGGUGACGGCGCUGCAGCCGCUGGCCGGCGCGCGCUUCGGCUACGCCCUGGCCAAUGGCACCGUCGGCGUCUACGACCGAACGUCGCGCUGGUGGCGCAUCAAGUCGAAGAACUCGGCAGUGGCCCUGCAGAGUUUCGAUAUCGACAAUGACGGGGUACCGGAGUUGGUGACCGCCUGGAGUAACGGAAAGGUGGACGCACGCAGUGACCGCACCGGGGAGGUCGUAUUCAAGGACAACUUUAACGUGUCGGUGGCGGGUCUGACGGUGGGCGACUACCGCCUGGACGGAAAGGACUCGCUCAUCUGCUGCUCUGUCGACGGAGAAGUGCGCGGCUUUUCGCCGUCUAGCGGCUCGCAGCGGGCGGCCAGCCAGGCUACAGAUGGCAGCACCAUCGAGCAGCAGACCAUUCACGAGCUGUCCCAGCGCCGCCAGACGCUGCUACUCGAGCUCAGAAACUACGAGGAGAACUCUCGGGUGGACGAGGCGAUCCGGUCCAGCGGCAGUAGGCAGACGGUCGAGAACGUCGGCAUCAUACCGGCCAACACUCAGCUGCAGACGGGCCUGUCGGUGAACAUGGGGUCGUCAACGGUGCCGCCGCACGUGGAGAUCACGCUGGCCACCUCCAACGACACCAUCAUGAGGGCGGCGCUCAUCUUCGCAGAGGGCAUCUUCCAGGGCGAGAGUCACGUGGUGCACCCGCCGUCGGCCAUGUGCUCGAACGCCAUCCGUGUGCCGCUGUUCCCGCCCAAGGAUGUCACCUACGACCUGCACAUCAAGGCGCUGGUGGGCUACGUCAACAGCGAGCACUACCACGUAUUCGAGCUGACGCGCCAGCUGCCGCGGUUCGCCAUGUACGCGCUCUCCACGGAGCAGGUCCAGCCGCCAGAGGGGUUCGUCACGUUCAAACUCAACGAGCGAGUCCAGAGGAUGGUGAUGUGGCUGAACCAGUCGUUCCUGUUGCUGGAGGAACUGGCCGUGCCCGGUGACCUGGACAUCACCAUGACGUCCUUACGGACGUGCCGGCCGCUGCAGCUGCAGAUGAAGCAGUCCGGCCAGGUCACCAUUCGGGUGGACGACAUGGAGCUUGCCGGAGAUAUCAUACAAACGCUCACCUCCUUCCUCAAGGUGGAGGAUCUGCAGUGCGAGGCGGACUUUCCUGCUGAGCUGGAGCAGCUGGAGAAGACGCUGUCCCGCGUGCUCGAGUACCAGUCGGUGCGCGAGCGGCUGACGGCAGAGAUGGCCGACUACUCGGGCAUCAUCCGCAGCCUGGUGGUGCGAGCGGAGGACGCCAGGCUACUGGCUGAUAUGAAGUCGAUGAAGCGCUGGUACAUGGAGUUGUUCGACGUGAACCGAGACCUCAUCAGCGACUACAAGAUACGCUGCAACAACCACGAGGAGCUCAUGGCCUGCCUGAAGCAGGUCAACCAGACCAUUCAGAAGGCUGGCAAACUCAGAGUGGGUAAACCAAAGGCGGCGGUGAUCGCUGGCUGCCGCGCCGCCUUCAAAAACUCCAACAUACCGUCGCUGCUGAAGACCAUCCGCAGUGGGGAGCCUUAGUUCGCGAGUUUCCGCGAGCAGCCCGCUCUGACGGAGCUCACAGGAAGUUCUGAAUUAUCAAGUUCGGACUCCUGUGGUAUGACAGGGAAUUCCCCAGUUUCUGAGACUAGGGUGCUCUGGGUGUGAGAAGCGGUCUUACGUGACUGAGCGGCAGCAUCGUGCUCAAAGUAGCAGUUGAGCGUCGAGUUGCGCUGUGGCAGUUUCAGACGACUUUCGGGGGCAUUUUCAGGGCGGGGGUGUGACUGUUGAUCUCGAUGCAGGCGUUAUGUAUGUAGCGAUUGCACCGCCGGAUGCCAGUCCCGACCGGCAGGGAAUCCCCCAGGCCAGAUUUGUAUGCAUUCAGUACCACGGCACGGCCAGUCCUGCAGUCUGCCAGUGUCUGAUUCAGAUACGGCACCGUUGGGCAACUGUGGGUAUUCGUGUGUAUCACAGUCGUGUGAGAGCGAUGUGUGGGAUGAGUGGUAGUGGGUGUCGGUCCCAUUAUCCACAGUUGUCGCACUAUAUGAGGUAUACGAGCUCGUACUAUGAUAAGCUAUCUAGUCAUGUCAGCUAGUCCGUCCAAUAUCCCAAUGCCGCCCGAUUCGACGUCACGCACAGUGUAUGAGGUCCACGCAUUCCGUCCAGUACUGUGAUGACUACUUGUCUGUGUGGUGACCACGCAGUGAUGAUACUGUCGCAGAAAUGUCACGAUCCGUCCAAUCCCAGUCAAGUGUCUGUGACGUCACAGCCAUGCAUGCCUGCGUUCACUGACCAGUGACCGGUCAGUGUCACUACCGCGUUGCGGUGACUACGCUAGCGUGAAUGUGUAUGCUGAUCUCAUUUACACAAAAUAUACUCAACUAUGUA